UGUGUGUUCUGUAAUAUGACUCCCCCGGAAACUGCAUCAUCGUUACUUGGUUCCGCUAUCGCCAGAGGCCUUCCCCGACUGGCAGGGAAGUCCGGCGGCGCCGGUCGGAGGAAGAGGCCGCCCUCGCCGUUUGUGGUCCUCGCGGCAGGCGGGAGGCGAGCGUACUCUCGAAAGCCUACAGCUCCUGCGACCCCUCUUACCAGCGCAAUGGCAGUCCCAGGUUGCAACAAGGACAGUGUCCGGGCAGGCUGUAAAAAAUGUGGCUAUCCUGGUCAUCUGACAUUUGAAUGCCGCAAUUUUCUCCGAGUAGACCCCAAAAGGGACAUAGUUUUGGAUGUGAGCAGCACAAGUAGUGAAGAGAGUGAUGAAGAGAAUGAAGAACUGAAUAAAUUGCAGGCAUUACAAGAAAAAAGAGUAAAUGAAGAAGAGGAGAAGAAAAAAGCAAAAAGCAAAGAGAAAAUCAAGUUGAAAAAAAAAAGAAAAAGGUCUUAUUCAUCCAGUUCCACUGAAGAGGACACUUCAAAACAAAAGAAACAAAAAUAUCAGAAGAAAGAAAAGAAAAAAGAAAAAAAGAAUAAGUCAAAAAGGGGGAAACACCACAAAAAGGAAAAAAAGAAGAGAAAAAAGGAAAAGCAUUCUUCCACCCCUAAUCCUUCUGAGAUCUGCAAAAAGUAACUGAAUCUUCAGCCUAAGCCAUUAAAUUUUAAAAUUUGGUUUUAGAAAUUAUUUGACCUUCCUUGGAAUUUGCUAUAUAAUCAUGCUUUGCAAUAAAUCACAACCUUUUCCAUAUAGACAUUUUUUUCGUAUAUGGGACCAUUGUCUUCUGGCAAUAGAUUUUUAAUGUGCUGACUAUAAAGUAUUGAAUCAGUCUUAUUACUUGAUAGCCACACCCCAAAUAUAGAUAUUUAUACAUACAAAACACAUCAUUUUUGGUAUUCAUGACUGUGUCUGACUAGUGUUGUUACUUUAUAAGUUGAUUGUAAAUGGCUUUACUCCAGUCAACACAGGUAAUCUACCUAGCAGUUAAUGAGUAUUGCUCAAUCAAGUGUCCACCUUCCAGUGAUAAAAUGAGGUAGGGGAUAAUGCUUUGCUCUUGACUCUGAAAAAUUUAAUAGCUUUAUUUCCUAUGAUAAUGUAUAAAGAUAGUGAAAUUUUUCACUGUCAUUUUUAAAUCUUGAAACUUUUUUGGAUGUCAAAGGAAAUGAAGCUGCUUCACUGGUCUUAACUAGGACAUUUUAAGCGAAUGGUGUUGGCAAGAAGAUAAUGAAAAUACUUAUAAGGAAGUUUUACUGUUACACGAAAUGCAGAGUGUCUAGUACCUGCCUCCUCUGUUAUUGUAACAAUUAAAAUUCUCUUCCUCUUUUAAAAAGACAAGCGUAGUCCAGCCUCUCAGAGUCUUGCAGAGAUGAUGCUGUGUUGGGUAGAAUAUUUAGGAUAGACUCCUGGGUUGUUUUACAAAUGUGCCAUAUUGGCAUCUCUUAAAGUGAUACCUCAAACACAGAACUUUUUAAUUAGGAGGAUGACAGCUAAAUCAUUAUUAGAACUGAUUUUUAUUGUAUCCUGUAUGUAAAUUUUAUGAAGCUUGUUUCUAUGAGUAAUGUGGAAAUUUUUUAUAAAUGUGAACAUAUAUAUUUAUUUGUCUAAAAUAAUUUGUAGUUUUGAAGCAGGUUUCACACUGAAUUUAUGGUUUCAAAAAUGACCAGUUUGGGGUGUUUCUCUCUUUUACUUCAUUCUUAGACCUUAAGAGCAGUGACAAAAAUUUAGGGUUAAGAAUUUUAUUCUGUACUUUUUAAAAUAUAAGAGCCAGGGAGUUGCAUCAUGAAAGCCUUUAUAUAACAAUGAAAAUUUUAUAUGAGUAAGCAUUUUCAAGCAUAUAUCAGUAGAUAUAAAUGUUUCUUACACUGUUAAUUUCACAAUGAUCAGUGUUACUUACUUUGCUUGAUAUUUGGAUAUCCCUUACGCCCAGUGAGUUAAGCACUUAGCAGCAUCAAACAUCAAUCACUUAUCAUGGCACAGCACCAAAGAUUGCAUGUACUCACUGUGGUGCAGUUAUAAAUUUUCAGAUUACUAACCUACAGACAUGGUGUCAGGCAAAUUCAUUAUGGUGAAACCAGGUAAGUACAUGUAACCUCGCAAGCUGGAAAAAUGUACUGAUUCUUUCUUCAUCCAGCUCCCCUUGCUCACAUGACCUCACUCACACUGGGGGAGCUCACAGCUCCUCAUAAUAUCUGCUUACCAUGCUGAGAUCUAGGGAAGCUACACCCACAUCCCUCUUCUAGCUUUAUACUGAGGAAGCUUUCACUCUUCUAGCUUUUCCAUCACCUAAUUUCGUCAUAUGGCCUCUUCAGAAAGAAACUCUUUUGUUUAAAUAGCUUAGUCAGGUGUUGAGAGAGAAACAUAGAGUUAUUAAGUUAUUACAUUUUUAACUGUUUGUUUGGCCUUUGCUGUAUUUUCAGUAUUUUUUAGCUGUAUUUUCUGAAAAUACGGUUCUUUCAUUAUCAUAAUGAAAAAAAUAAAAAAACUUAAAAAUGAUAGGAAAAUGCUGCAUGCACAAGGAUGGCCUCAUCCCAUUUUAACAUGGUUAAAAAUGCUAAUAAUUAUAGUGAAACAAAAGUAAUCUAAAGUUACUUGUGAGUUUUAUUUCUGUUAAUCGUAGAGAUUAUAAAUUGGCUCAUUAGAUUUGUUUUCUGAAUGGGAACACAAUUGAUAAUGGUCCAGAAGAGUUACAUAAAAUUCAGCAUCAUUAACUAAUACAGUGUGCAAAUUAAAAAAUUUUAUUGCUCAGUAAUUUUGUCCCCUAGAUACAUUCUUGGAAUUAUUCUUGAGUAAAUUCCCCAUAGUAUGAGAAUAGUUUAUAAAACCUGUCAUCUGAAUAAAAUUUAUUUGUUUUUACUGGUUUUCUUGUAAAGUGAUCUUGUUGGGAUUGGAUACAAAUCUCACUAAUAAAUUUUAGGAGAAAAUUAGUGAGAUUUUCUAUGAGGCAGUAUGUACGUAGCAGAAGGAAAACUGAACUUAAUAGUAAAAAUCCAAAAAGUCCUGGCCUUUCUAACUACCUUCGUGACUUUCAACUAAAUUAUUUAGCUUCUCUGGGCCUUGGUGUAUUUGAUCUGUAAUAUAUUAUACACAAUUAUCUCUGAGAACCCUUCCAGUCCUUAAUGUAUAUGAUUAUCAAUAUGUUAGUAUAAUUCAAGUAAUAUUAUUCAUUUUAGAAAUUGCUGUAGGUAGGCAGGUAGCAUUCUGUAUUGGUAAAGGUUGAAUUUAUUAAUAUACCUGUUAAACACAUUCAACUUCUUUAAGCAGGUAAUUGAUAUUUGGUUUACAUUCUUAGCAACCAGUGUAUGUUUUUUUCAUCAGAUGCAUAUAGAUUUUAUGUUUAGAUUUGUAUCUCUAACCUGAUUGUCUAAAUACUCAGGCUAUUGCUUUUGGGAUGAUGGAUCCACUCCCCACAAAAUUCCCUGUUUCUUUUCUCCGUAUCCUCUUUUGACGAAAAUCUCUCAGAGGUAUCCCUAGUUCUUGCCCCUAAUGUACAUCUGUUCACAUCUUUGGUUCUCUGAGACCAAAACAUCAAUAAAUAAGGAAUAAAACAA